AUUAAAAGAUUUGACAUAAAGCCACAAAGGCCACAGCAAAUAAGGGAAUCGCAGAGUCCUCCUCUGUUGGGGGAUUUUCUCACUUAUCUGACCCCUCACCUCCUCACUUCCCCAAGAAGAGUCCAGUAAGGGGUUGAAUCCUUACACUGCCCCCAAUUUCCCUCCAUCUUCAAUCUAGAUUUCUACUCUCUCUCUAAACUCUCACCCCCUCCCCUCCCCUUUUCUCUCUCUGUAGAAGCAUAUAUAGAUACAUGUGUACACCCACUUUGGAUUUUUCUUGAAUCUGGGUUUAUUACCCACUUUUUCUAUCUAGGUAUGGACAAUAGAAUCCCACCUGGAAGCUACUUCCAGUACUCUCCCACGAGAGUCCAUGGUUCACUCCAAAGGUCUUCCUCUCUCCCCUCAGAUCUUGAAAGAUAUUUGGCAGAACUCUUGGCGGAAAGGAAAAAGUUGGCUCCAUUUAUGCAAAUUUUGCCAGGAUGCAGCAGGCUUCUGAAUCAAGAAAUCGCGCGGGUAUCAGGAUUGAUGUCCAAUCAAAGUUUUGUGGAUCGUGCAAGAAUUGGUCCUGAGCACCCAUUUAGGUCAUCAGGUCAACAAACAAAUGGUGGACCAAUGGAUAUGGAGGGAUGGUCUGCUAUGCAAACGGAGGAAAAUGGAGUUCACCAAAGAAUGGCUCCUUUUCAAGCUUCCUCUAUCGGUUGGCAUGGAGUACCAGGAAUCCCAACCAACAAUCCUGUUGUAAAGCGAAUCAUCAGACUUGAUGUUCCUGUGGACAAGUUCCCAAAUUUUAAUUUUGUAGGCCGAAUACUGGGACCACGUGGGAACUCCCUGAAAAGGGUUGAAGCCAUGACAGAAUGUAGAGUAUAUAUAAGAGGUCAGGGCUCAGUGAAAGAUUCAGUUAAGGAGGAGAAAUUAAAGGAUAAACCUGGAUAUGAGCACCUCAAUGAGCCUCUACAUGUGUUGGUGGAAGCUGAAUUUCCAGAGGAUAUAAUAACUUCACGCUUGAAUCAUGCAGUGGCGGUGCUAGAAAACCUAUUGAAGCCUGUGGAUGAAACCAUGGAUCACUACAAGAAGCAACAACUCAGAGAGCUGGCUAUGCUAAAUGGCACACUAAGGGAAGAAAGCCCAAGCAUGAGCCCGAGCAUGUCUCCGUUUAACAGCAUAGGAAUGAAACGAGCGAAGACAGGACAAUAACACCUAUAUGAUGAAAGAUCUAUACAAUUGCUGGACUGCUAGCAGCUGGUUGUUUCCAACGGUUUCCGAGGUGAAUACUGCCCACAAGAAACUGCGUCAUAAAACAGUUUGUAGAAAAAACUUCUUAGCUUGCAUGGGGGGCAUUUGACGUUGUGGUGUAUUAGGGAGGAAUCUGCUUCAUAACUUGUGUUGUGUUCUGUUCUGUUCAAUAAUAUUUCAUAUUUAUCUGUAAUCAUACAUUCUUUCAUGUAUCAUUGAUUUUGAGGUCCAACUUCGUUGUUUUGGUUUUAGCAACUUUUAAUUCUAUAUUUGAUUUUGGCACA